CUGUGAGGCGCUUGCGUCUAACCCAGAAGCAACACGAGAGAGCCUUGUUUUGAGGAUAGUUCGCUUGCUUCCUGUCGGCUGAGGAGCAUCGACAUUGUCAAAUUCACGAGUUUCGCGCCGUGGUCGUCACCGUUGAUGGCUGAGCACUUGUGAGACACCCGGUGCCGGCCCCAUAGCAACGGCGCCUCCAACCCUACCUUAUUAUCUGCCCCACUUCCCAGUCUUCAUCACGGACAGCUGCAUGUAUAACCCGUCAAGGGCGAAGCCUGCUUAACGAGCCUGCUGGCCUUGUUGCUGGCCUCUCAAAGCCGACCGCUUUCGACCAUUCACUCGCUGAUCCAAUGUAUUGAGCCAACGCUUUCGCUUCACACUCCCUUUAUUCGCUACUACGCAUGAUCGCUACAGGAUGACGAAGCUGACGAAACCUCGCACCAACGACAGUGGUCUAACAAAGCCUACCGAGUCUCCACGAGCACCUAGCUUCGAACUUCCAUUACGAACGAGCUACGAGAAGCUCAGACAACCAGAGGCCCGACAGCUGUUAAGGGAGCAACUGCUUGGUACCUUUCCGGAGACCAUCAAAGGGCAGUCGCAAGAAUCUGUCACGACCACCACUAUGCUCUUGGGCCAACGGUUCUCGCGUCGACGCUCGUCUACCCUGGAGGUCGGGGUCAACGCUAGUGCACAAUCCUCUUCCUCUACCUUGGACAGUGUUGGCCCGAAGCGGCUGUCGGCAGUGCCAGAGAAAAAGGACCAGGCUAUUGAUAUCGAGCAAGCCAUCUCCCUGCUGCAGGAGCUUAAGAAGACGGCUUCUCCAGAAGAGCUGGUAGCCCUGCACCGAGCAUUGCUCCCAACCAAGGAUGUCGAGACGGUCACUAGCCCGAGGAUUCUUGACGCGGACAAGCAGAUGACGUUCCCUACACCUCCACCGGCACAGAGACGAUCAGUACUCCCACCUGGGUUCGCCACACGCGGUGGCCCGACGGAGGAUAUUCUUCGUAAACCUAGCCAAACGUUCAACGAAACGCAGAAGGUCCGGAACAACAGAGAAAGCGCCUGGGCGCAGCCGACUAUAUCUCACCAGAAGUCAACGUCACUAAGCAGUAUCGCCGCACUGGAUUUGGCGGAUGACAGCAGCCAUCACCAUAGCCGCGUGAUCACGCCGUCAGACAUGCCGUACGCUUUUGCUGGCGCUUACAGACCUGGAACCCUUCGCAUCACUAAUGGAGCUGCUUCUCCGGAACCAAGCAUCAGGACGCCAAUGGGCAUUGUCCCGUGUAACGAGGUGGACGCCAAAGCAGAAGAAGGCUACUUUACCUCGUCAGAAGGUCGCCCGAGCGUUGAACUACCUCGAGGUCGUGCAAGCAUGGAUGUGGUGCGUGCUCAGCCCAGUCACGAGAUCAUCACUGUCCGCGCCAGUGUCGAUGUGGUGCGGCCGAAACCUAGUCAGGAGUCAAUUACCAUCCGUGAACGUAUCCUGAGCUCCGACAAGGCGCUGCAGCAACGCAAAGACCGCGCCCAGAGGGUAUCAACAAUCUCUGCGCUCUCAGAGGAAUCACUUGUCUCUCGCACCGGCCUUGCCCUCAACACGAAAGUUUCCAAGCAGAGCAUUGACCGCGACAGCGUGUCACCCGCCUCCGACGCACCUGCGCCGAGAUGGGCACAGCGCCAAAGCCAUCGUGCAUCGCAUCUUUCGGGCGAGUUUACUCCGGAAUCUGUCGUUGCUGCCGCCGCUAUCCCACCUGAAGAGAAGAGCAGCGCUCUAAGAGAGUUCGCUUUGCGAUUGAGCACUGUGUACGACAGUGAUGCGGACGACAUGGAAGGACUGGAGCGUGGCACGCCGGCAGCGGCACUUUCGAAGCUCACUGGCGAGGGUGACGUCAAGGUUGAGACGACCAAAGCGUCAGCAGAGAUCCCAGAGAUACACUCCGAAGAGCACGAGCAACUGCCUUGGCCAAUGCGCCCAUCCCCUCCUCACAAGGUAGAUAGUGGUUAUGGCUCGGACGUCACACUUCGCAAAGGCAGGACCUCUUUCGACGAACAGCGCACUUCGCCACCCCCCUUGCGAACACCGAAGCGCAACCUCCUCGCAGAAGUCAACGAGCAAGACGAGCAAGCCGAGACAGCAUCGAUUGCGGCAUCCGUCGCGAAGAGUCUCUACAGCUUUGAAGACAUUCUUGCCUCGCCAAGUCUGCUGACGGAUCUGCGGCCAUCACUUAGAACAGCAGCUCCGUCCACUUUGCCUCUUCACACGAUGAAAGCUGAUCGGACCACCAGCCUCCAAGCGGUCAUGAACUCCGAUUAUGUGUCAACCGAAGUGAUCCCUCAACUGGAUUCUCUGGGAAGCUCGCCUGCGGACCCGAAGAAAGGUCAGCAAACUGUUAAGCAACAUCGAAAGCUCCAGAAGCCUAUGCCAGCAUCAGUCAAAAAGCAACGGCGAGAUCAACGCCAGAAGCUCAAGGCUUCCCAUGCCGUGGAGCUUCCGGCCGGUGACGACGGCUUCCCUGCAGCUCAUCAACAGUCACGACAAUUCUCUGGUGACAGCUCCCGUAGCUUCAGCGCCCCGUCGCUUCCACCCUUUGAACCACCCUCGCCGCUAGUCUUCGACGACCGUGAGCUUGGUGCCAGUGCCCCAACGGUAGAUGCUCGAGCUCGAGCCGAGCCGCUGGGCUGGGCUGAUAGCAUUCUGAUAGCGGAGCCAGCACCACCCAUUCCAGCUGAAAGUGCAGUUGAAGUUUUACCGGAGCCUGAGAUGGAACCUGUGCCGGAUCUUCUGCAGCAAUCAGAGACACAGUCUGCACCCGAUGGCGCUCCUGAGCCCGUAGAGCAAGCUCCUGCGGCCGUGGUCGAGUCGCUACCGUUGUCACGAUGCCGGUCUCGGAGCCGUAGCCGAGGAAGAGAGAACAGCAUCCGUCACGAUGUAUCCGCCGACGAAACUCCGGAGGCUCAACGUGGCUGGAGCAUUGCGAAGCUGCGUGGCAAAAGCGGAAGUCGCACACGCAGCAAGGCGUCAAAGCGGUCGAGUCUCGACGUCAUGCUGGGGAACGUCAUGCUGGGGAAGCCGGUGGAGCAGAAGGGAGACAAAGGGGAUGUGAGUCCUGGCGAUGAGAAUGUGCCGGCUUGGACGGACUUCAGCUCCGUUGCUCGUACGCUGGGCUCGGGAUCAUACGAUAUAGCCACCAACCAAGUACAGCGUGCAACGUCAACGCUACCAAGCGCAGCCGCUCAUCAGCUGCAGUCACCAUACAUGAUCAGCACUGGUCUGGUCAAGGGUAAGGCAGUGAGGGGCAUGGAUAGCGAGGCUGCCAGCGAACUGGCUCGCAUGAAGAGUCGAGACAUUGCCAGACAGGAGAAAGAGCAGUUCGAAGCUCGACCCAGGGUAGCAACGCCAACAUCCGGCAGGAGCAGAAGUAAAGGCAGAGCAAGCCCACGAUCGUCGAUCUCGGUCGAGGAUCGCUUCCCAGACUGGCAGCAGAAGACGAAUUCCCAACCAAGCACGCCUCAGCAGUCUCCGGCAUUGAACAGACGUCACAGCAUGUACGCCGAGAGCAUUCCACCUCUGCCCGAGCUGCCGGCAGAUGUCGCAGAGAAAGCGUCGAGAGCCGAUUUGAUGGUUGCUAAGAAGCUCAAGGACAGCGCUAACUCCUCACCUUCUGGGUCCGCCAACGCCAGUGCGGAGGACUUGCAACAGACUCCAGUGAGGCCGCAGCUGACGAAACGGAUCAGUCAGUACAAAGCCCACCAGGAGAUCAUAAUCCCGGAAAGUGCAGGUGUGGAGGUACUCCACCCCGUGGAGCGUGAAGGCGUGAAGUAUGCUGCUGAAGUCAGUGUCAUGGUCCGCGAACUUUCUGGCUCCGGAUCCGAGCAGUCGAUCUCGACGACUACAGCAGAGAAAGAAGACGUUCAGGUCGUUCAGUCUCCCACUCAUGAUGCUCAGCACCCAGGCUGGCCUGGCUGGGAACAGCAGGCCAAGGCGUGGCGCCAGCGUCGCGAAUCCAUUGGCGCCGCUCUAGGAAAGCCCAUCGACACAGCGUCAAUAAUAUCGGCCGAGUUUCCGCCCGGUUCAAGGAAGCCGUCCGAGACGGUACCGUGCUAUACAACGCAGCUUACGAAGUCUCCGUCUAUUGUGGUGUCACGUUAUAUAACGCCUCUGGCAGCGGAGAACGCCGCGCGCGCGAACGCCCGGGACCGGCCAACAGAUGCUGCGGCACAGCAUGCCAACGGUUAUCGUGACCUUAUCGUGGACGACAAGGAGAACAGGCCUGCCAAGCAGGAUGUGCCGCGCACCGACAGCGCCGUCACCACAGCCUCGACCUCAACGUUCGUCACUGUGAAGUCUUGGGAUCCACGGCCCAUCAAGCAGGAUGUGCCUCGCUCAAGCACUGCUUACUCCACCCAAACAUACGCGACGGUCACGACGACUACAUCAACCAUCAGCCGCUCACGCAGUCCUGGUGGACACGUUCGCACGCCUUCGGGCAACUUCAUCCCAUAUGCGCCAUCGAAGGCACCGCUCGCGGAGCACUCGAGAGCUCAGAGCCUGGCCAAGCUGAACGACGAGGCUAGUGCAAGCGUGCCAUCGCUGGUACAGUCAACAACCUAUACUCACCAGUCGAACAAGAGCAAUGACUCGCUAGGCGAUCGUUAUAGCGGCGGGCUUGGCUACGGUUGGGAGAGGGGUGCCGGCUUCGUUGGGAGUGCGGGUACACGUACAGGGGGUGAUGGAGGAAGGAGGAAGAGUAAGAAGAUGAGCCAAGAUUUCGGACUUGAUUUGAGCGACGUUCCAGUGUUUUUGCAGAAGUUGCAAUAAGCGAUGGGGUUUGAGAGAAGGAUGCGGGUUUUACCUUGAAGAGUAUCAAGUGUUAUGAGCGUCUACCGAUUAGCCUUGUGGUAGAGUAAGCGCGGGCGCGACAGGCACCGUACUGUACAUAGGUUGCUAGUGCAACACAUAAUUUGAUCUUCCAUCCGAAUACGGGCAUUCAGCGCUUGUCAACAGGUGCCUGAUGUGUUGGCGACGGCGCUCGAAUGGUAUCUGGGCUUCUCCCCAUUACCGUAGA